CGUUAGCGGUUAUGGAGGAAGGACCCCGGGCUGCAAAGCGAGGCCUUUAACCGAGGCGGUUUAUUGGGUUAACUCAAGUUACUACUCGUGAAACCAGUUGGUUACCAGUGAGAUCUGCUAUUUGCUGGGACAUUAAAUUCUAGAUCUGUGGACUGAACAACAUUUGUGAUAAAUGUUUAGCCGAAUGAGCUUUAAUUCUGAGUAUUGGCGGGUUUUUUUUACUUGAAAACGCAAAAGUUGAAGGUAAAUCAAAGAUUGCUUAUAUAAUCCAGUGUUUACGUUUUAUUUUUACAGACAUAUUUGUCAUUUCUCACUUCUGCUUUUGUGUUUUGGGGAAGUACAAGAAAGGCAAAUGUUUCUGUAAAAAUGUCUCAUUCAAAUGUUCCUCCAAGGGGGGGUCACCUCAUCUUUCUUCGCUCAGAGCAAGCCCACAACAACCGAAUGUUUUUACACCGGAUACAACAUGCAAACCAAAUUGCAGCUUCGUUCCUUCCUUUGCUUGUGAUCCGGUGACUUUUUCUGUAACGGUUUUGGAUUUCCUCAAGUUCCACUUCAGCCGCCAGCUGGGAGCUGAAGCUGUUUGCAGGCUGAAGUGUCCUCGAUGUAAAACCAAGAGACACUUGGAACGAUGCCGACCACACUGGGGGUGGGUGAUUUUGAGAAGAUCUGGCGUGAGCACUGUAGCGAUGAGCAGACGUUGAGCGAGUACGCCCUCGCCAUGAAGAAUCUGGCCGACAACCACUGGACCAAGAAGUGCGAAGGAGAGGGACGCAUCGAAUGGUGUCGCAGUGUCUGUCAAGAAUAUUUUUUGCAUGGCGGGAUGAAAAGGAUGGUAGAAAAGGAUGAGAAAAGUGCCGCGCUUACCGUGGGUCUGACCGCAGAUUCUGUGUGUGCCCCACCGCACGGCACCAUCCCCAGUUCCAUUUGUAAUCUGGGGAAAAUGCGCCUUCUUGAUGUGGGAAGCUGCUUCAACCCUUUCUUGAAGUUUGAUGAAUUCCUCACAGUUGGGAUCGACAUAGUGCCAGCAGUGGAGAGUGUGUACAAGUGUGACUUCCUCAACCUUCAGCUCCAGCAGCCUCUCCAGCUGGCGAGCGACGCGGUCGAGGCUUUCCUCCGCCAGCUCCACAACCCCAUCGAUACGCUGCCUGCCCAGCUGUUCCACGUGGUGGUCUUCUCCCUGCUCCUGUCCUACUUCCCCUCACCCUACCAGCGAUGGAUCUGCUGCAAGAAGGCCCACGAGCUGCUGGAGCUGCACGGCCUGCUGCUCAUCAUCACGCCUGACUCCUCCCACCAGAACCGCCACGCCCUCAUGAUGCGUAGUUGGCGCGUUGCGGUGGAGUCUCUGGGCUUCAAGCGGUACAAAUACGUCAAGUACUCCCACAUGCAUCUCAUCGCCUUUCGGAAGGUGUCCCUGGCCACCACCAGCGACCUGGUGUCCCGCAACUACCCGGAGAUGCUCUACAUCCCUCAGGACUUCCACUCCAAUGAGGAGGAGGAGGAGGAGUCCGCCGACGUGCCUGUGCAGGUGCGCUCCGAGUUCGAGGACGACCAGAUGGCGUGGGGCUUCACGGAGCUUCCCGACGCGCCCUACGAUUCCGAUUCCGGGGAGAGUCAGAGCAGCUCGGUGCCUGGCUUCCACGAGCUAGAAGACCCCAUCCUGCUUCACAGCUAGACUAAGCCCCUCCCCUUCUCCUUUCACCGUACGGAGCUGUCACCUCCCCGCCAACUGCUGCGCUGCCAAAUUUAAACCUGCUGCACCCCCCCUCCCUUAAAACAAUGCAGUUUGCACAGUGCGAAAGUUUACAGAUUAUUGACUCGUAUCCACACUCCUCUGGGAGUACACACACACACACACACACACACACACACACACACACACACACACACACACACACACACACACCGAGAUGGAUAUAUUUUGAUAAAUAUCUAGGUUUUUAAAAGAGCUGGAAAGCGAAUGCCCCUAAGAUUCCUUUUUCCUUGAUGUCCACGCAACCUUCCAAUCAGCUUUUAAUGACAAAAGUCAGCUUGUCUGCACUCGUCUCUAUUUCAAUGAGCUGGAGUGACAGGCGGGUCAGUACAACCGACGAAAGCAGUGUGUUGCACUGCAGAGACGGGACUGGUACGCUUGCCUCUGCUGACGUCGGACCUUCUGAACAUUCUCGAUGUGCGUUUAGUUUUCCGAUACAAACCCUCCCCAAAAAACGAGUUAAUUGUUUUAAAAUCUAUAUUCUCAACAAAAGUCAAACCCUUGGUGUUGUCCGGUGUCGAGGGGGGCGAUGCCAUUUUAACUUGCCAUCUGGAUAUUGUGUAUAUUUUACAGGAAAGUGGUAUUUGUAGCAUUUCAAACAUUUUCUGAAGCAUAUGGUAGGAGUAUUACUAGGUUUACUACUGUGAAACUGUUUACUCAUUGCAUAACAAGGUAAGUGUGAUUUGUUUGUUUUUUCUGCCUCUCGUUGUCCUCACUAAUAUUACGAGUUAUCCGCUGUUCGCUUUCCAAUAGAUUUCUUGAUCUCUAGCAGAGACGUAGUACAACACUGCAAGUCGGUGAGUCAUAUCAGAUGGACUUUAUCCAUCAGUAUCCUUUGACACAAUUUUGUAACUUCGAUGGGUAAUUACAGGAAGUGCUCUGCCUACAAAAAGAUCCGGAUACGAGCUCCUCGGUACGAGAUUUGCACUAAUUUGGGGGGGUUUUCACACAGAACCUCAGGGACAGGCGAGGAACUGUAGAUUUUAGCAAUAGCAGGCGAGAGCAGAUGUGAAGACGGGGGCUUUGAGCUGAAGACACUACCAGACGACAUGUUCGAGGUGCGUGCUUGGAUUUGUCAGUGUGAAUGAAAAGAUGAAUUUACGUCAAUGUGUUAUUGUCAGUGGCACUUUAUCAUUGAUCCCAGAGGGUGUCACAAAAUGUAAUUAUUUUCCUAUGAUGACAGUUUUUCGAAACAAUAUGAUGGGGUCUAAGGUGCCUUCUUCGCUCCAAUCUGCUGUAUGUUGGGAGUGACUUUUGAUGCCUGUGGAGAAAGUGGAACGCAUACCUUUUUUUUCCCGAAAGAUAUCAAGCUUCUCUGGACAAAUAUUAAAUAAUAAUUGUCCAGUUCUCCUUUGUCAUCUUAAUAGAUACCCAGAAAUAUUUACAUUGUGGUCCGAUCUCAUUUUCCUGUUCAUGCACGUUUUCUGCUCACAUCUCCUCUGCGUUAAUAGAAGAAGAAAAAACAAUCUCAGUGCUUUAAGUCUUCCAAUGUUUCUUUAGGUGCAUUUGCAUGAAUUGUUCUCAUCUUCAUUAUCAACAUCCAACAAUACAGAACAAUGUGUGCUUGGUUGUAUUUCUCUUUUAUAAAUGAAUGUACAUGUAA